CACGUCCCCGUGAUGGGGCUCACCUGGGGGCGGGUGUCCCCGGAGCUGCUCUCUCUUCCUCCCGUGGACAUUAUUUUAGGAUCUGAUGUCUUCUUUGAUCCGAAAGACUUUGAAGAUAUUUUAACUACAAUUUACUUCUUGCUGGAAAAGAAUCCACAGGCUCAAUUCUGGACUACUUAUCAAGUGCGAAGUGCUGACUGGUCUAUUGAAGCCCUGCUCUGCAAAUGGAAACUGAAGGCCAUCCACAUUCCCUUACAUUCGUUCGGUGCAGACAAAGAGCACUUGGCCAGCUCUUCUCUGCCAGGAAGACAUACAAUCGAAAUGAUGAUCAUCUCACUAGGAAGAUCAGAUGGUACUUAA